AGCUGCAGCUGCGGCAGUGGCGUCCGAGGUUCCCGGAUCUUUGCGGGUUGAGGAAAGGGACCCGGACCCUCUACUUCCUCGGGUCUUAAGAAGCUGGCCUUGGUGCAACAAGGAACUUAAAACAAUGGAAGAGCGGAAAGUGAAGAGGAGGAGUCCAAAAUCUUUUAGUGCCCAUUCUACUCAGGUUGUUAAUGCCAAAAAAAAUGCCAUUCCAGUUAGUAAGAGCACAGGGUUUUCAAAUCCAGCAUCACAGUCAACUUCACAGCGACCAAAGUUAAAAAGAGCGAUGAAAGAAAAGACCAAACCUCAGAGUGGAGAAGGAAAAGGUGCUCAGUCAACUCCCAUUCAGCACUCUUUCCUCACUGAUGUCUCCGACGUUCAGGAAAUGGAGCGAGGGCUCCUGAGUCUUCUGAAUGAUUUCCACUCUGGAAAACUUCAAGCAUUUGUUUAGGCAUUUAUCAACAUGUGCUUAGGUCUUUGUCUUUUCUCACCAGUCCUGCCUGGGAUUCAGUAAGGCUUUCUUACUUGCUGACUCAUCUUUCAUCUUGCAGAAUGCUUUUUCUAUUGUUUAUUGUUUCUCCUCCAUCUAUUACUUUUUAGUCUUCUGGUGCUUCUGUUGCUUUUAGGUUACCUUCAUCCAUUUUCUGACUCACUGAUCUUUUCCCUUGUGGCUUCAAUUGCUUUAUAUUUUUAUUCU